GCACAGGGUCUCCCCGGCGGCCCCCUCUGCUCGCCCCUCAGUUAUCCUCGUCGCAGGCCAGCGCGGCCGGCCUGAGCGGUGACCUGGCGGGCCGCGCCUGCGCUCUGCCCCGUUUCCUGCCUGACUGGUGGCGGCGGCCAUUUUGUUCAUCCUCCUCCUCCUCCUCCUGCUCCUCCUGGUAGGAGCGCAGUGUCCGGAGCGGACUGGGGGGAGAAAGCCCGAGACCAGGGUUCGGUGCCUUUUCCCCCGUCCCCAGCCGGCGCCCGGAGUCCCCCUCCCCUUCCUCCCCACCCCUUCCCCUCCCCAGCCCUGCCCUCCCCCUUGUCCCGGGAUCGCUCCGUCGCACCCACCAUGAUGGAAGACGACGGGCAGCCCCGGACGCUAUACGUAGGUAACCUCUCCAGAGAUGUGACCGAAGUCCUUAUCCUUCAGUUAUUUAGUCAGAUUGGACCCUGUAAAAGCUGUAAAAUGAUAACAGAGCAACCCGAUAGCAGAAGGGUCAACUCUUCUGUUGGAUUUUCUGUUUUGCAGCAUACAAGCAAUGACCCAUAUUGCUUUGUGGAAUUUUAUGAACACAGGGAUGCAGCUGCUGCAUUAGCUGCUAUGAAUGGGAGAAAAAUUUUGGGAAAGGAAGUCAAAGUAAACUGGGCCACAACACCAAGUAGCCAGAAAAAAGAUACUUCCAAUCACUUCCACGUAUUUGUUGGGGAUUUGAGUCCAGAAAUUACAACAGAAGAUAUCAAAUCUGCAUUUGCCCCUUUUGGUAAAAUAUCGGAUGCCCGGGUAGUUAAAGACAUGGCGACUGGAAAAUCCAAAGGCUAUGGUUUUGUAUCUUUUUAUAACAAACUGGAUGCGGAAAAUGCAAUUGUGCAUAUGGGAGGUCAGUGGUUGGGUGGUCGUCAAAUCAGAACCAAUUGGGCCACUCGUAAACCACCUGCUCCAAAAAGUACACAAGAAAACAACACUAAACAGUUGAGAUUUGAAGAUGUAGUAAACCAGUCUAGCCCCAAAAAUUGUACUGUCUACUGUGGAGGAAUUGCUUCCGGGUUAACAGAUCAGCUUAUGAGACAGACAUUCUCACCAUUUGGGCAGAUUAUGGAAAUAAGAGUUUUUCCGGAGAAGGGCUAUUCAUUCGUCAGAUUUUCAACCCACGAAAGUGCAGCCCAUGCCAUUGUUUCGGUGAAUGGUACUACGAUUGAAGGGCAUGUUGUUAAAUGCUAUUGGGGUAAAGAAUCUCCUGAUAUGACUAAAAAUUUCCAACAGGUUGACUACAGCCAGUGGGGCCAAUGGAGCCAAGUGUAUGGAAACCCCCAACAGUAUGGGCAGUACAUGGCAAAUGGGUGGCAAGUCCCGCCUUAUGGAGUGUAUGGCCAGCCGUGGAAUCAACAAGGAUUUGGAGUAGAUCAAUCACCUUCUGCUGCUUGGAUGGGUGGUUUUGGUGCUCAGCCUCCCCAAGGACAAGCUCCGCCCCCUGUAAUACCUCCUCCGAACCAAGCUGGAUACGGUAUGGCAAGUUACCAAACACAGUGAGCGAGCCGGGACUCUUAAGAAAAAUUGUAAUUCCUGAUAGGCUUCGGUUUCCUGUGACACUCUGAAGACAUGAAAGUAGACAUCAGAAAAAGAAAAUAUUUAUUUUAAGCCUUGAAAUGUUUGGACCCUUAGCACAGCUUUGCUCUGGUGAAGGACACAUGUCUUCUAGUUCUGCCUUUUUAAGUUUUUGUUCAUGAUGGAUAUGAACAUGAUUUUUCUUUGUGUACAAAAACGAAAAUAAAGUCAAUAAAGACAA